CAAUGGGAGCGGGAAGCCGGCAGGUUCCCUCGCAAAUCCCCCUCCGGCCCCACGUCGCCUCGCCGGCCCCGGCAGGGGAGCGAGGAGCCGGGCGAGCAGAUGGAGGAGUGGAGCUCGCUCUAGGCAGCAGGCUUGGCCGGAGAAUGGAGGAGCCGCCAAGCGAUCGGCUGAUUGGAAGAGAAACGCAGAGCGAUGGAGGCGGGGGUAGGAGGACGAUUUCUCUGCGGGGACUGGCGGCGGCGUAUACGCCCGGGUCGGGCGCUGCAGAGCUUGGCUAGCUUUCAACCCGCGCUCGCCGGCUCCAGCCCCGCGCGCCCCCACCCCCAGCCCUCCCGGCGGCUCCGCAGGGUGAGGUGGCUUUGACCCCGGCUUGCCUGGCCAGCACGACCGAGGAGGUGGCUGGACGGCUGGAGAAUGAACGGAGAAGCCGACUGCCCCACAGACCUGGAAAUGGCCGCCCCUAAAGGCCAAGACCGCUGGUCCCAGGAAGACAUGUUGACUUUGCUGGAAUGCAUGAAGAACAACAUUCCAUCCAAUGACAGCUCCAAGUUCAAAACCACCGAGUCACAUAUGGACUGGGAAAAAGUAGCAUUUAAAGACUUUUCUGGAGACAUGUGCAAGCUGAAAUGGGUGGAGAUUUCUAACGAGGUGAGAAAGUUCCGUACAUUGACAGAAUUGAUCCUCGAUGCUCAGGAACACGUUAAAAAUCCUUACAAAGGCAAAAAACUCAAGAAACACCCGGACUUCCCAAAGAAGCCCCUGACCCCUUAUUUUCGCUUCUUCAUGGAGAAGCGGGCCAAGUAUGCUAAACUCCACCCGGAGAUGAGUAACCUGGACCUGACCAAGAUUCUGUCCAAGAAAUACAAGGAACUGCCGGAAAAGAAGAAGAUGAAAUAUAUUCAGGACUUCCAGAGGGAGAAACAGGAGUUCGAGCGAAACCUCGCCCGAUUCAGGGAGGAUCACCCAGAUCUAAUCCAGAAUGCCAAGAAGUCGGACAUCCCCGAGAAGCCCAAAACCCCCCAGCAGCUGUGGUACACCCACGAGAAGAAGGUGUAUCUCAAAGUGCGGCCAGAUGCCACUACGAAGGAGGUGAAGGACUCCCUGGGGAAGCAGUGGUCUCAGCUCUCGGACAAAAAGAGGCUGAAAUGGAUUCAUAAGGCCCUGGAGCAGCGGAAGGAGUACGAGGAGAUUAUGCGUGACUAUAUCCAGAAGCACCCCGAACUCAACAUCAGUGAGGAGGGCAUCACCAAGUCCACCCUCACCAAGGCCGAACGCCAGCUCAAGGACAAGUUUGAUGGGCGACCCACCAAGCCACCUCCGAACAGCUACUCGCUGUACUGCGCAGAGCUGAUGGCCAACAUGAAGGACGUGCCCAGCACAGAGCGCAUGGUGCUAUGCAGCCAACAGUGGAAACUGCUCUCCCAGAAGGAGAAGGACGCCUACCACAAGAAGUGCGACCAGAAAAAGAAGGAUUAUGAGGUGGACCUGCUCCGUUUUCUAGAGAGCCUGCCCGAAGAGGAGCAGCAGCGGGUCCUGGGGGAGGAGAAGAUGUUGAACAUCAACAAGAAGCAAGCCACCAGCCCAGCCUCCAAGAAGCCCUCCCAGGAAGCGGGCAAGGGCGGCUCGGAGAAGCCCAAGAGGCCCGUGUCAGCCAUGUUCAUCUUCUCGGAAGAGAAGCGGCGGCAGCUGCAGGAGGAGCGGCCCGAGCUCUCAGAGAGCGAGCUGACCCGCCUGCUGGCCCGCAUGUGGAAUGACCUGUCGGAGAAGAAAAAGGCCAAGUACAAGGCCCGGGAGGCGGCGCUGAAGGCCCAGUCGGAGAGGAAGCCGGGCAAGUUGCCGGAGUCGCCCAAGAGAGCCGAGGAGAUCUGGCAACAGAGUGUCAUCGGCGACUACCUGGCCCGCUUCAAGAAUGACCGGGAGAAGGCCUUGAAAGCCAUGGAGAUGACUUGGAACAACAUGGAAAAGAAGGAGAAACUGAUGUGGAUUAAGAAGGCAGCCGAAGACCAAAAGCGAUAUGAGAGAGAGCUGAGUGAGAGGCGGGCACCCCCGGCUGCUGCAAACUCCUCCAAGAAGAUGAAAUUCCAGGGAGAACCCAAGAAACCUCCCAUGAAUGGUUAUCAGAAGUUCUCCCAGGAGCUGCUGUCCAACGGGCAACUGAACCACCUGCCGCUGAAGGAGCGUAUGGUGGAGAUUGGCAGCCGCUGGCACCGCAUCUCCCAGAGCCAGAAGGAGCACUACAAGAAGCAGGCCGAGGAACAGCAGAAACAGUACAAAGUGAACCUGGAUCUCUGGGUCAAGAGUCUGUCUCCCCAGGAACGUGCAGCAUAUAAAGAGUACAUCUCUAAUAAACGUAAGAACAUGACCAAGCUGCGAGGCCCGAACCCCAAGUCUAGCCGGACUGCCCUGCAGUCUAAGUCGGAGUCUGAGGAUGAAGAUGAAGAGGAUGAGGAUGAAGACGAAGAGGAUGAUGAGGAGGAAGAUGAUGAGAACGGGGACUCCUCUGAGGAUGGUGGGGACUCCUCCGAGUCCAGCAGCGAGGAUGAGAGCGAGGAUGGGGAUGAGAACGAGGAGGACGAUGAGGAUGAGGAUGACGACGAGGACGACGACGAGGAUGAGGACAACGAAUCCGAGGGCAGCAGCUCCAGCUCCUCCUCCUCGGGGGACUCCUCGGACUCUGACUCCAACUGAGGCUCAGCCCUACCUGGGGCUCCCCUCCCCGACUGAUCACCUUUGUUUCUCCCCCAUGUUCUGUCCCCUGCCCCUUGGCCUCCCCCACUUUCUUUCUUUCUUUCUUUUUUUUUUUAAAAAAAAAAAAAACAAAACACGGUGGGGGGUGGGUAGGCGCUGGAGGCGCCCAGGCCAGAACUCUGCGGCCUCAGAGACAUCAGCCCUGGGGGGCCCUCCAGGGAGCGUACCCAUCAGACUGAGCCACCACCGGACUGGCCCAGCCCACCCCCUCUUCUGCACUUGCGGUUUCCGGCAUGGACAAUGGACCCGGGAGUGGGACGGGGGUCCCAAAGAGUUCAGUGAGGCCCCCUACACCUGCAGCCCGACUCAAGGCAGGGUGGAAGCUUGAGGAAGACCCCUUUCUUUCCAGAGGGGCUUGCAGCCUGGACCCCUACAUUGGAACUGGAGGCAGGGAACAUGGGAGAGGAGGGCGGGCGCCUAUGAGAAAUAGGCCUUGCCCCAUGGCCCUCUUCUUCCCUGCCCCCUGCGGGAAGGAGCUGCCUGGACCCACUCACUGGGGCGGGGGGGAGGGGGCAGAAGUGUUUUUUAUAUAUGUGUAUAUAUUUUUUUUUUAAGCUCUGAGCUGUCAACGAGACGUUUCCUACCGA